GAGUAAACAGGUAAGUGAAACUACUUAAACACGACAUGUACCAUGACGUAAUCUUACAGGAAAUCACAGGACAUGCGCUUUUACAAAAUCACUCGACAUACGCUCAACACUUCAGCGUAAGGAGAGCAAUAUGAGAGAUUUAUACCGUUUCAUUAUUUGGAUAUUAUCCUACAAAUUAAUAACUGGACAAGAUAAGCCACUUGAAAGAUGUGAAAGGGUUCGAGAAUAUUGCAAGCAAGAUCAUCCCAUAAAUGUUCCAUGGUGUAUGGAGAAUUAUAUGAGAAGAUGCUCUAUGAUUCGAAGCCGGACCCCAGUGCAGGGCUAUUAUGCAGAGAACAUGUCUGACUCGAAGCCAAUGUUGGAAACUAAAGAAGGAAUCAUAGUUCACAUCUCCUCCGAGGCCUUACAGAAGAGCAGGAAUGAGGGAAUGAAUACAGAUUUAAAAGUGUCACUUGUAAACAAAACCUUCUUUGUGACAAACUCAAGUCCUGAAGUUAUUUAUGGAGAAAAUGUGUUGGGUGUCUGGCUUGGUGUGAAUGAAAUACGCAACCUUUCUGAGCCCGUUCAGCUCCGGUUCAAUAACAGCAAUCAGAAUAAAAAUGUAAGCUGCGUCUACUGGCAUCUUGAUCAAAACGGCAAUGGUUACUGGAGUACUGAAGGUUGCAGCACGAACGUGACAAACAACGAAUUUGUGUGCAGUUGUAAUCACCUCAGCUUUUUUGCGGUGCUUAUUAAUCCUAAAAUUCCUGAAGAGAACCAUAUUGUCCACCUCAACUACAUUUCUUACGUCGGCUCAGCCCUUUCGAUAGUGUUUACGGCCACCGUCGUGAUCAUGUUUCUUUGUCAGAGGAAGAAGCAUUCUGAGAAUUCAAUAAUCAUACAUGCACAGCUGGCAGGCUCCUUGUUCUUACUGCACGUCUCGUUCUUGUGCAGCGUCUGGUUUUCAGACCGGAGUGAUCAAGUUUGCACAACGUUAGGUCUUAUUCUGCACUGGUGUCUCUUGGCCACGUUCUCAUGGACGGCCAUCGAGGGCUUUCACCUGUACCUGCUGCUGGUGCGGGUCUUCAACAUUUACUUCAAGAGAUACAUGCUUAAAAUAAGUCUUGUGGCCUGGGGUGUACCCACGGUUACAGUGAUGAUAUGCGGUAUCAUUGGCAAAUACACAUCAGUUUAUGGCAAAUAUGCUAUUCAUGAGGAAAAAGACAGGUCAACAAACGCAUCUAUAUGCUGGAUAACCACACAGACUGUGAUAAGCUACGUUACAGUAAAUGGUUAUCUUGGCCUGGUGAUGAUCUUUAACACGGUUAUGCUGGCGGUAGUGCUGAUAAAAAUGCAUAAGUUAAGAUCGCAGGAUGUUCAGAAUAAGCUCAAUAAGAAGCGGCUUUGGAAAGACUGGGUUUCUCUCUUCGGCCUCUGCUGUGUUCUGGGAGUCCCGUGGUCGCUGGCCUUCUUCACCCGCGUCCCUUUAAAUCUCCCUGUACUUUAUAUGUUCACCGUUCUCAACAGUUUUCAGGGUGUUUUCUUGUUCCUGUGGUUUUUGACGCUUGCGUGUAAAGCACGAAAAGAGGAAUUUGUCCCAUCAAAGGGCACGAUUAACGUCAGUUUCCAGAGUACUGAAGAACACAUAACCACUAAUGUUAUUAGUAAUAUGACUGAGAAGAAAUAAUAUUCAAAUGUGUUUACAUAAAGGCUUCAUCCACCCUACUGUCAUAGUUUUACUUCUGUUUUCCUGUUUUUGUCCUCGUGUUUUCCUUAGUUCAUUUUCAGUUUCAUUAUCUUCACCAGUUCUCCAUUAGUUUAAUCAUCCUAUGUUGUCAUCACAUUUGUCUUGUAUUUCUAUCCCUGUUUUAGUCGUGGGCUGAUCUUCUUAAUGUUAUGUGUGAAUAUCUUCAGUUGUCCUGUUUGUUGUUUUGGUAUCAAAGUUUAUCAUCACAUUGUCUCCUUCGUCCUCCUGCACGCCUGAAUGUGACACUUACAUCUUCAGUUUAGUUCAUUUUUUAUUUUAUUAAUUAGAUAAGCACUGUAUGUCUUAAACAGGGCUUUAAAUAUGACCCCUAGGGAUUUUUAUAAAAUAAAUGUACCAUAAUUUAAUAUUAAUAAAUCAACAAUGACCAUAUUAACUAUAGUAAAUUCAUGAUAUUCAUAACUCGUAGUUUAAUUGGUAAACAUUUUCAACUUAAAUGUUUUACUUAAAGUGAGAAUUUUAAUUGAAAAAGCUUACAUUUUUAGGCAUUACUUGAAGUAAUUUUUUGUUUCAUAUGGUGAUUUUGUGUCUAUGCUUGUGUCAUCCAUCUUUUUCCUUUUUACUUAUUUGUAUGGUUGCACACACUUUGAAAACUGUU